GUGGCGUGUGUAUGAUCUGUCGGGGCUGUAAGCGCAGGACAGUUGCACAGCAAUGCCGACAUCUCAUGCUCUUCUUAGCACUCCAUGGGCCCAGGCUGAGGUACAGCCCUCGCUGGUCCUGGAACUCCGGGCUCCGGCCUUCAGAAACAUGUCCCUGGGUCACCACCUCUGCCAUGCAUCACCUCCUGUCAGAGGCAAAGUGGGUACCCCAACUUUGCUCUGAAGAUGGAAACGCAUGGAAGCUGAGCAGGAGAUGGGGCAGAAGUUCCCACAGUAUGGCUGGCCCAUGGGGUGGCAUCAUGGGCCCCAUGGGCACAGGUGCUACACACAUGCCUUGCUAUGGUGUCACGGAGUCACUGUGCCCUACUGCGUGUGCAUUUCUGGCCAAGUUCUGAGCCAGAGCCCUCGCUUGGUGCAGUGUGGUCCCAGCUUUGAUGACCAAGGCUCCCAGCAUUUGCCCUCCCUCCCUGGGGGUGGUGCCCGGGUCUGGGGCCCUGGAAGGCUGGAGACAGCACAGUCACUUUCCGGCCAUCUCUGUGUGGGACUGGAGCAGGAAACGGCCACUUGGGAGCCCCACCCUCAGUUUCUGUUACUGUCAGGGGCCCGGCCUGGCCACUGCCUGGAAAAUCCCUGUGGUCACCCUGGGACCACUCCACGGACCACUCUGCUCUGCUGGCCUGUGGAGGACACCAUAGAGACAGCGGGAACAGGCCACCUGCCCACUCACACACUCGCAGCCUCCCUGGUGGCCUUGGGAGUACCAGGUCACCACAUCCCACUUUAUCUCUGCAGCUCCGGAAGCUGCCCUGGGUGACAAGGCAGGAAGCGUUGGCCACUGACGAAGGGACGGCAGCAUGUGGGAGCCCCUGCUGUGGCUGCUGGUGCUGGGGCUCGGCCUGGCAGGUAGCACCUCAACCCCCAGUGUCUAUGAUGAGGAUGACGUGGGCUUGACAGGGCCUUGGGCCAGUUCUGAGGCAGCAAGGACCCCACAGCAGGUGGCCCCACGCAGCUUCCCGGGCCAGGCCUCUGCCAACGACAGUGAUGUGCUGGAGCUGCCGGACCGCUUGCAGGUGCUGCUACUGGGCUGGGCACCCACACGGCUGGUGCCCGCGCUAUAUGCGCUGGCACUGGCCGUGGGGCUGCCGGCCAAUGCACUGGCACUCUGGGUCCUGGCCCGACAUGGUCCACGGCUGCCGGCCACCGCGCUGCUCAUGAAUCUGGCAGCCGCCGACCUACUGCUGGGCCUGGCACUGCCCCCACGCCUUGUCUACCACCUGCGUGGCCAGCGAUGGCCCCUCGGGGAAGCGGCCUGCCGAGUAUCCACAGCCACCCUCUACGGUCACAUGUAUGGUGCAGCGCUGUUGCUGGCUGCCAUCAGCCUGGACCGCUACCUGGCGCUGGUGCACCCCCUGCGUGCCCGUGCGUUGCGGGGCCGCCGCCUGGCCACUGGGCUCUGCAUGAGUGCCUGGCUAGGGGCCGCCACACUGGCCGCACCCCUGGCCCUGGGGCGCCAGACCUUCCGCCUGGCAGGCUCCGGCCACCUGCUCUGUCAUGAUGUGCUGCCACUGGCCACACAGACAGCCUUCUGGCGGCCAGCCUUUCUCUGUCUGGCUGCACUGGGCUGCUUCCUGCCGCUGCUGCUCAUGGCACUGUGCCAUGGGGUCACACUGUGUGUGCUGGCAGCUGGUAGCCGGCGCCACAGCCAUGCACUGCGACUCACGGCAUUGGUGCUGGCUUCUGCUGUGGCCUUCUUUGUGCCCAGCAAUGUGCUGCUGCUGUUGCACUACACAGACCCCAGCCCGGGUGCCGGUGGGGAACUGUACGGUGCCUACCUGCCCAGCCUGGCGCUCAGCACCCUCAACAGCUGUGUUGACCCCUUCCUGUACUACUACGCAUCCCCUGAGUUCCGGGACAAGGUGCGGGCACAGCUGCGCUGCUGGUUGCCCAGGACCACUGCCACAUCCCAGGGUUCCCAAGACGUGGGCAGUGCAGGCACCGGUACUCACUCCUUGCACCCCUGAUGGCUCUGCGACCUUGGAGGUUGGAGGCCUCUGUCCUGAAGAGGGUACACAGUGGCCCUGGCCCAACGCAGCUGGAAGUGCUCUCCACCCAGAAGUCCCUGCCACUGUGGACCCCAUGGGUCACGGUCACAGCAGCCCUGGGAACCCAAGGGCUCAGGUGCAGGUCCCCACGAUGUGGCCCCACUGCAGCCCAGCCUGUGCAGCCCUGCCUCCCUGGAAGCCGGCCUGCUUUCCUCUCCACCCCGCCCUGCCCCCCACACCCACCACCUGGUCCCUGUCCCAUCUGCCUGGCCUCAUAGGGUGGGGGUGGGGACACUUGAGUUGGGCUCACUGUGGUCCAUGAUGCUUCCAAUAAAACCUUAAAGGACAUGAGACAGCAAAA